GCCGUGGAACGUUGAGGCUUCUCUUUUGGAACGUUGAGACACUUUGGAACGUUCGCGGUUUCCUGCGGCGCCAAGGCGGAGGCCCCGAGCCGGUUCUCCGAGGAACGGCGGCUCCAGGAAGACGGGGGUGGUUGUUUUUAAGCCCCCUGCGGGGCUUGGGUGAGCGAUCCGCUCGGUGUCCGCAGUUCGAUGGUUUGUUCCGACCGAAAUGAGCCGCCCGUCCUCCGCCGGACCCAGUGCUAACAAACCUUGCGGCAAGCAGCAGCACACGCCAUCGCCGGCUGCUGCUCCCGCCGCCAACACCGCCGCCGCGGCCGCCACCAUCUCCGCUGCCGGAGCCGGCUCUUCCGCGGUCCCUGCCGCGGCCGCUGUGAUCUCGAGCCCUGGAGCUGGGGAAAGCAGUGGGGGGGCGGUGUCGCCUCAGCACCACGAGCUGACCUCGCUCUUCGAGUGCCCGGUGUGCUUCGACUAUGUGCUGCCCCCGAUCCUGCAGUGCCAAGCCGGGCACUUGGUUUGCAACCAAUGCCGGCAGAAGCUGAGCUGCUGCCCCACAUGCCGGGGAUCCUUGACCCCCAGCAUCAGGAACUUAGCGAUGGAGAAAGUGGCCUCGGCGGUCCUCUUCCCUUGCAAGUAUGCCACCACAGGCUGUUCCCUGACACUCCAUCAUACAGAAAAGCCAGAUCAUGAAGACAUUUGUGAGUAUCGCCCUUACUCCUGCCCAUGUCCAGGAGCAUCAUGCAAAUGGCAGGGCUCCCUGGAAGCUGUGAUGUCUCAUCUAAUGCAUGCUCACAAGAGUAUUACGACUCUUCAAGGAGAAGACAUUGUCUUCCUCGCCACAGACAUUAACUUGCCGGGAGCUGUUGAUUGGGUGAUGAUGCAGUCAUGCUUCGGCCAUCACUUCAUGCUGGUUCUGGAGAAACAGGAGAAGUAUGAGGGCCAUCAACAGUUUUUUGCCAUCGUCUUGCUCAUUGGCACUCGCAAACAAGCAGAGAACUUUGCAUACAGGCUAGAACUGAAUGGCAACAGACGGAGGUUGACAUGGGAAGCAACACCACGAUCCAUCCAUGAUGGGGUGGCAGCAGCUAUCAUGAACAGUGACUGUCUUGUGUUUGACACUGCCAUAGCACAUCUAUUUGCAGAUAACGGGAACCUUGGAAUCAAUGUGACUAUUUCUACAUGUUGUCCGUGAUUUUUUGUGUAACUUGUGAAACCAUGUGGUUUCUCUGGGCAUAGUGCUUUCAUGUUUUGCGGAGUCAUUUCUUUUUUAAAAAAAAUGGUAUUCAACUGUUGCCCUGUCUUUUCCUUCUCAUGCAGAUCAUAAGUACAUGAGGAAGAGCAGGAAUUUGCCACCAGUGCCAUCACAAACCCGUCAUUCACUUUGGAGUGAUGUAUCUGUAGUGUAAUCUAUAUAAAUAUAUACACUCCCUCCAUUAUAUGAAAUCCUGCACAAAUGUUAAUCACUGGGUGGCAAUGCACCCACAUAGGGAGUGUAUCUUCAUAUGUAAUACAAGUCUUACCCUGACAUUUUAAUAAAUUAUAUUCAUUGGGAAUUUUAAAAUAAGAUUUAUCAGAAUAGUUAUUAUAGCAAAAUCAAUGCCCUUUUAAUCCAAAAGGAAAGAGAUAUAUUUUUAAGAGCUUCACUGGCAUUUUUAGAGGGAGAAACAAUAUAAAAAGCAAAGUUUUUAAAAAAAACAUAGGGAAUAAAAGACGGGGACAUCCAUGAGAUGUAGAUCUUCAAUGCCUAAAAAGUCCAUGUACAAGUUUGGAAAAAUGAGGUGCUUAAAUACAGCACUUCUUGUUACAAGCAGGGAACACCUUAUUUAAACAGUUCCAUACAACAGAAACAUGGUACAGCAAAAAUGAUGUCACUAAAUUAUAGCUUCUCUCCUAUAAGGCUGUGCCACUUAAGGAAUUUUUUUUUUUACUGUGAUAAAAUUUUUGAAAAUGUGACCAUUUACCCACAACAUGGAGUCUAUUUCUAUAAUCUCAGUACUUUGGUGGUUCACUAUACUUCAUCUCCAGGAAGGAGCAGCACACUGCUUCAAGCAACUGAUAAAAGUCCUUGACCAUCUUUGUAACAAAAUAUUAAAAGGAAAGAGUAAAUAAAAAGAAUGUGACAGUGUUGGAAUUGCUUUAUUUUUAAGCUUUUAACACAUAGGAAUUUGUGGAUAUAACAUUUUACAGUUUUGCACACGGGAGAAAAAGUUUACUUUAUCAAGUGAGCUUUCUUGCUGUUUUUCUGGCUGGUGAAUUGGUUGAGUUUUUAUCUUUUUAAAAAAUGAAUGUUUUCUAUUAGGAAUGAAGACUUGGAUAUCUGCACAGUGGGCCCGCUUCAUCCACUCAUCUGUCUAUUUCUAUAAGAGUUGAAGAGAGUCUUUGUCAGAGCUGCUUACCUAAGGAUUGCAAAACACACACGCACGCACACACACAUGGCAUACUUCACAUGCACAUUAAUAUUCUAAAAAGUGAUCUAGAAUAACAUAAGGGAAAUAGAUAUGAGGGUGGUCUUCUUUUCUGCUAUUUAAUUUUUUUCUGUUGGCAUAGCCAUAUUUACUCUAGUUUUCUAAAUAAACCUUUUGCAAAAAAAAUAACUUGUGUGGGCUCGUUUACUGAGUAGAAAAAGAACACCUGAGCAUCAACUUUUCAUUCAUAUCGUAGCUGCCAAGGACAAAUAUACCUCAAUGGGACAGCACAUCUUAUGCACUGGCCCAGUAAGCUUUUCCUAGCACAGUGACAGUCAGCAAACAGACGUGGAAUUUAUUCUAGAACUGUAUUCCCAUGAUGUCAGAUGAUCAUGAUAUUAGUGAACCAAGUAUGUCGCAUCACAUAUGAAGUCAUUCUGCAUGACCAUUACUUUCACCACAGAUCCCCAUACUUCUCAUCUAGCUUUCUGACUGAAAAUAUAGGUGUUCAUAAUCCAUACUAGGGAUGAUAAUAGACUGGAGAAGGUUGAAGUUAACUCUUAGAAUUCAGGAAGCCAAAGAGAGCAUAGUUGCUUUGGUUUUAGACUUGUUUGGCUUUUCAGUCUAACAAUAUUCUGUAUAUUGACUUUUAUCAAAUAACAAUGCAAAAAUAAAUGAAGAAAAUUGAGUGUUAUGCAAUAUGAAAGCACCUGGUUUAACUUUUGGUAGUGCUAGGAACUUUUUCUGCCCAGGGAGGGAGGCAGCUAUUUGCAGCUACUCAAAAUCAUACAGAAUAAUUAUUUGGCAUUCUGAAUGUUUUUAUUUAUUUUUUCCUGGUAUGGAGAAAGCCUUUACUUUCUAGAAUUGAAAUACCUCACUUUUGACCUGUUGAAGAUCAAUUGGAAAAUAGCUGUAGAUAUAUUUUGAUUAAUAUUGACUAGGUAUAGAUUUGGCUUUUUUUUUUAUUGUGCAAUCAAAAAUAUUUUUUUGUAUGCAGAAAAAUAUCUGGCCUAAAUACCACCGAAGCUCACUAAUUAAACUUCUGAAUAGUUUUUUUUUACAAAUUAUAUUUUAUUUCUAACUUUUUUAAAAAAAUGCCUUUUCAAGGACUUGCUUACAAUGUUGCCAUCAAACAGGUGUGAAUAUUUAAAAGCACUUUCCUAUUGUUACUAACCCAUUUCCAGUGGUUCUCCAGUGGCCUACUUUCCUUUCAUCUUUGUACUUGCUAUGUCUGACUUACUAGUUCAUAAUUUUCAUCCUUGCCCAAUUUUCAUCACCUAUGAUAUGACUUUUAUACAGCCAAUAGAAAGGCAACAGAUUUGUUUUGAAAUGUCACAAAGAGCUUCUGCUAAAGCCCAAUAAUCCAUUUUAUCCUUAUUGUUAAAAUAGAUUUAACAAGUUAAUUAUCCGUUACUCAUUUGAUAAAAUCAUCUUAAUGAAUGCAUAUGCCGCUUUUACAAAGGGUUGCCUAAUCAUCCAGGUUACAGAUCAAAUGUUAUGGCUUAAUCAACUUUGGCAUCAAACAGUUCUGUGCUGUUUACCUGUUCAACCAAUAAAUCACUUUCAAUAUGACUUGCCAAAUAAUAAUAGUUAUGACCUAUUUGUACUAUCUGGUUUCUAUUUCUGCUUUAGAGAAAUAUAUCCCAAAGAAUUUCAAACAUCAAUAAUUAAUUACUGAUAAGUUACUGAUACCAAUAUAAGAUUUAGACUAAAAGAAGAAAUUAUCUUGAGGUGGUAUCUAAAAUAUCAUUUUUUCAUUUGUAUAAUCCUGAAAACAAUACCUUGAACAUCAUAAAAUAUCAACAUCUACCUAUCCCAGGUCCUUUUAAAGGAUUCAAUAGGUGUACAAGUGCCAAAUCCAGUCUGAACAUCUAACUUACUAUGUGACAAAUCAACAAUACACAUUUUCUAUAAUAUUUUGUAGGGAUCAAAUGUGUACACUUUCUAUAAAUACAUGUAUAUCAGUAGAAAAUUACCAGAAUUUUAAAAUGCUCCUAGAAAACUAUUUUAACAAAACUUCAAAAUCCUUCAGCUCCUACUACCAAAUAUAAAUUUUAGUGUAACAGGAAAAUUUAUUAAAUACACUAGAAUUAUUAUAUUAAUGGUAUUUAUUUAAAUUUUGAUCUGAUCCCAUCCAAUUCUUUGUCUUGAUCACACUCAUUUUCUAGAGUAUAGAAGACAUUGCUUUGAGGUGAAAAAAUAGUCUCAAAUCAAUUGCAUUCAUGGUUUCUUGGUCUAUGUGCAAUCCUAUUCUUAUGUGUUUUAGUGAACAAUUC